CGUCGGAAUCGGCGGGGAUUUGGUGAAGGUCGACCUUCAAACCCGAGUGCCCGAGAAGCCGUCGGCAAAACGCGUCGCCAUCGCGGUAACGACGACGACGACGACGACGACAGACCAAACGGACUUGCUGGUAGUUGCUUGUUUGCUUGUUCGUUGCGGUUUGUGUUUAAAUGUUAUUGGAACGUGGCAUCGGGAUCGGGAUCGUAUCGAUAGCCAGUGACGCACCGAGCAUUACGAGGGCCACCCAUACCCAUACCGGCCCGUACCAGCAGCCGCCCGAGCCGGCCAGAACCAGGAUGGAGCAGCAAUCGAAGGAUUCGAACGGUACAGCCGUUGCGGUGGCAGCGGCCGCCGCAGCCGCCGCCGCCGCUGCAGCUGGCCGCGGCACCGUCACGACACAACCGGGCGACUUUGCGGCCGCCGCCGCCGUAAUGUUCUCGCUGCAGAACACGAUGGUCACCAGCUUGCAGCAGGCCGCCCUAAUGCCCGCCAACUCGGCCGCCGCGGCCGCCCUUAACCUGCAAGCCCUCGAGUCAUACCUGACGCUGCAGCGAAUCACCAGCAAAUCGGAGGUUCUACGGUUAAGCAAUGCCAGCUCGAGCGCAGGCGGUGGUGGACAACAGCGGCACCAGCCGCUCCCAUCGAUGCCAAUCACCGGGCCCGGUUCAUCACAGAUCUCUACGGGCGGCUCGACAGCCGCCGCCGCCGCCGCCGCCACCAAUAUACUGGGAUCCAUUUCCGGCGAUUCCAGCGAUACGAUCGGUGAGGACAUGUUUAUGGACACGUCGGGAGAGCCGGCGAGCAAUGAGACGGUGGCCUCCGGAGCUGUCAGUACGAUGCAGCAGAUGCUGCUGCAGAGCAACGAUCUCGGUUCGGACGAGCUGCCGGUGCUGGAUCAGGACGAGGAUCUCAACUUUGACGAUACGCCCGAUGAUGCGCACUCCGACGGCAACUCGCUGGACAACGGGUACCCGAGCCUGCUGCUGAAUGCGGCAGCCUUCCACCAGCAGAUGACGGCGGACAAGAUGAAGACGCUGGCCGCGGUUAGUGGUGGUGGCGGCGGCCAGACGGCUGUCGGUUCCGCCACUAGUACCGGAGCGAUCUCGAAGGCAAUAACACAGGACGCGGCGACCGCCGCUAUUGGUGCAGCCGCUGCCGCUGCAGCCGCCGCAGCCGCCGCCAGUGCGGGUAGUGGUCAGCGGCCGAAGAAGCAGUUCAUCUGCAAGUUCUGCAACCGGCAGUUCACCAAGUCCUACAAUCUGCUCAUCCACGAGCGUACGCACACCGAUGAGCGGCCAUACUCGUGUGAUAUCUGCGGGAAGGCGUUCCGCCGGCAGGAUCAUCUGCGCGAUCACCGAUACAUUCACUCGAAGGAGAAACCGUUCAAGUGUCUGGAAUGCGGAAAAGGAUUCUGCCAAUCGCGGACGCUGGCGGUACACAAGAUACUGCACAUGGAGGAGUCGCCGCACAAGUGUCCGGUGUGCAGCCGCAGCUUCAACCAGCGCUCGAACCUCAAGACGCACCUGCUGACGCACACCGACAUCAAACCGUACCACUGCAUCGCCUGCGGCAAAGUGUUCCGACGGAAUUGUGACCUCCGUCGGCACAGCCUCACGCACAACCUCGGCAGCAGCGGUGGCGGCAGUGCCGGAUCGCUGGCAUGUUCGGCGGGCGGGCCGCCCGGAACAGCAGGCGCACCGGGCAGCACCUCCCCGGCCAGCGACGGUGACGGUGGUGAUUUGGGGGUGUCGGCGACGUUGGCGUCGGCAGCGGAAGAGGAACUGAAAACCGUCGACCUGAUGGCACUGGCCGACGAUGUCGACUGAUUGGCGGAAACGAAUCCAGCGGACGGACGAUGGACUCCGGUUCCAGCGGUACAAAACUCAGCAAAUCGC